CGUGUCAGUGUGUUUAAUGACAUCUGAGUAGCAGGAGGGGCGGGGAAGGUUAAAACCUAAGACACUUAAACUCCAGCGAGAUCAGCUCUUCAACUGUCUGUCCGUUCAUCACAUCUCAGCUGUCGGCGAAAACAUGGAGUAUGUCGAAAACAUCCGAAAUCUAAGGGGGAGAUGCGUCCUGAGGCGGGACAUCAUCCGAGAGUUUCUGGCAGAAUUACUUGGGACGUUCGUGUUAAUACUCUUCGGUUGCGGUUCAGUGGCCCAGUCUGUCCUCAGCAGAGAAGCAAAAGGACAGCUUCUCACCAUCCAUUUUGGCUUUACUCUAGGGGUGAUGCUGGCCGUCUACAUGGCAGGAGGCGUGUCAGGUGGACAUGUGAACCCUGCUGUUUCUUUGGCUAUGGUUGUCCUGGGGAAACUCCCACUAAAGAAAUUCCCUGUGUAUGUGUUGGCCCAAUUUCUAGGUGCCUUUUUUGGGUCUUGUGCCGUCUACUGUCUUUACUAUGAUGCCUUUACAGAAUUUGCUAAUGGAAAGCUAGAAGUAUCUGGUCCAAAUGCCACAGCAGGUAUAUUUGCAUCAUAUCCACGUGAAGGACUCUCAUUGCUAAAUGGAUUCAUUGAUCAGGUGAUUGGCGCAGGUGCCCUGGUCCUCUGUAUUCUAGCUAUUGUAGAUAAGAAGAACAUUGGAGCACCUAAAGGAAUGGAGCCUUUGCUUGUCGGUCUGAGCAUCCUGGCUAUUGGAGUGUCAAUGGCACUAAACUGUGGAUAUCCCAUCAACCCUGCCAGAGACUUGGGACCUCGGUUAUUCACAGCUAUAGCGGGAUGGGGAUUACAGGUGUUCAGUGAUAGCAAUGGUUGGUGGUGGGUUCCAGUGGUGGGGCCGAUGGUGGGCGGAGUGGUUGGUGCUGCUAUCUACUUCCUGAUGAUCGAGAUGCAUCACCCUGAGACCGACAAGAACCUGGAAGACGACAACAGCCUUAAAGACAAAUAUGAGCUGAACACCGUCAACUAGACAGAGAGGGAAUGUAUAGUAUCUUUUUCUUUACUAUAGACCUCAAACCAAAAGCGCUGUUAUUUCUGCACUCUUUCCUCCUCUGUCUUACCUCCAUCACUUUUGCCAAGUACAUUCAACAAACCAAGCAGCUAUGAAAGACAGGAAUUGGUAAUUAUCCUUAAUUCUAGUUUUCUACUGUUUGUACCAGCUGUAGAGCUGUAGAAAUGUUUCAAAGAGCACCGAUUAAUCCAUCAACAUGAUAAUCAAUCAUACAGUAGUCAACACUCGAAGUAAAUUAAAAAUGUUUUUCAGACUUGUCCUUGGACUAGAAUAGUUGUUGUUCAAUAGUUUUAGAAAAACUUUGAUGGAAGAUGGUGAUCCACUUCAAAUGUUGACUACUGUAUUCUAUGGAAAGCAUUCAUUAGCAAUUGUCAACACCACUGCCAGUAAUAGAUAAAGAGGUGCUAACAGAUCCUCCAUUUUAUUUGCUCUGGAUUUUAUAUAAAAGAUGUAUGAUUUAUAAUGAUUUGUAUAUAUGAUUUUCACAUAAUCAUGACUUUCCAUUGGUUUCUCAGGAUUUCUAAAGACACGUUCAUUGCAGGAUUUACUACUAGGCUUAUACCUAUGAAGACUAUCAAUCCUUUGUCUAAUUCUAUUGCUACUGUAACUGUUGUGUGCUUUAAUUUACAUUCCAGAACACCUGACAACCCUUUAACUUGCCAUAAGCAGUUGUUUUUCUCUCAUUAAUAUAAAGGAAAAAGGUACUUUACUGUCCACUCUGUUGAUAAAACGGUCCUCGCUGUCUGUAAAUGCAAGCACCGUUUAAUAUAAAUGGAAGCACAUGCAUGCAUAACGGCUGAUAAGGUAACUUGCAUGAGGUAACUGGAUGAAUGUUGAAAUGCAUGUAAAAAAUUAAUCUGCGAUAUUAAAUAUAAGCUUAAGAAUAUUUAAGCUUAAGUAUUCAUGCUACAGUGUAUCAAAAUGCUGAAGAAAGAGUGUUGCAGCAGUAUUGUGCAUGAUGCCACUGUUCAAAAGUGUUAACAUUUCAGGCUCAGCAAAGCCUAAAGCUUUACUUCUUUCAAAAACGUGUUAUUUGCUGUCAAUUUACUCAUUCUCAGGCCAUCUGACAUGUGACUUGUUUCUUUAAGAUAAAUAGCAAAUAAAGGAAAAACAAUAUGAAUACCUGUGGCUCCCAAUGACACAUUGAGACCUUCUCAAGCAAAAUGAUUGGUCUGUGCAAUUGUUUAUGACAUUAUUUUGGCCUGAGAAUGAGCAAAUUUUCAUUUAUUGUCAUCUUUUUAAUGCAUCAGUUGUAGAUUUAGUAAGUAUUUCAUAAUUAUUGUUUGUGGGGAAAAAUAGUUUUGUGAUAUGUCUUGUUUUUAUUUCUAUUUUCAAAAAAAGGUAUUUUAAUAAUUUAUUGCUUGACACUUAAAUGAAUUUAUAGAGUUGUUU